AAAUUGAACAUGGAUGAAAACUUGCUCCUACCUUAGAGACCUUUUUUUGGGUUUUUCUAGGUUACUAGCUUUCUCUCUCUCACACACAAACACACAUUUUAUUCAUCAGAUUUGUGACUUUCAUCUUUUUAGACAGUACUCCUAUUUUUGCAAGCAAAAGAUUCUCUGUGGUUUUUGCCAAUUUUGGUUAUAGAGGAGAUGGUGAGAGGGAAGACUCAGAUGAGGCGUAUCGAAAACGCGACAAGCAGGCAAGUCACUUUCUCUAAGAGGAGAAAUGGGUUGUUAAAGAAAGCCUUUGAGCUUUCAGUUCUUUGUGAUGCUGAAGUUGGAUUGAUUAUUUUCUCUCCUAGAGGCAAGCUCUAUGAAUUUGCUAGCUCAAGCAUGCAGGAGAUUAUGGAGCGUUACCGGAAGCAUAAUGAAGAUGUUCGGGGAGAAAUACCACCUGUGGAACAGAAUAAUAUGCAGAAUUUGAAGCAUGAAACAACCACUUUGAUGAAGAAGAUUGAGCUUCUUGAAACAUCUAAAAGGAAGCUCUUGGGAGAAGGUUUAGGAUCUUGCAGCCUUGAAGAAAUACAACAGAUAGAGCGUCAGUUGGAACGGAGUCUCAACGUUAUCCGUGCAAGAAAGAUGGAAGUCUUUAGGGAACAGAUUGGGAGAUUGAAAGAAAAUGUGAAAGACCUUUCAUCCGAAAAUGCAAUGUUAUUGGAGAAGUGUGGUGAUCUUGAACAGCCAAAAGCGUCAAGUGGAGAAGAUCAGGGAGAAGACCUUUCACUUUCAGUAGAAGGUAGUGAAAAAUCGGAUGUUGAGACUGAAUUAUUUAUUGGACUACCAGAAUGCAGAACAAAGCGCCCCCUACAGAAUUGAUAAGAGAAUUGUCCCUCUUAUGCAGUUAUACAUACAUAAUGUUUGGGUUAAAGUAUACUGAUAGUGUAAAAAUUCUUUAUAUCGUCGGUGUAUAUCCGUUAAAUCCAUAUGUAAUAAUAAGUUGUGAAAUAGUCCUCCAACUCAUGAGUAGUUUUAAUUUUCUCUUGGUGCGCUGCUGAUGGUACUUUAAUUACUCCUAAUAUAUUCUGUUUUUUACUUGGAUGUA